AUGAGGAAUUUAACAGUUUGGAAGUCCUCAUGUACUAAGUUGGAUUUAAAAUGUGACGAAUUCAGCGACAUUUCAUUCAAUAAUGCUCAAGCAUUCCUCAUAGAUGAUUUCGGUCAAAUUUAUUGCGCAUUUUCUCAAGGAAUUUUGCAGUUUCCUUCCCAAACCGUGGAAGUAUUUCGACUCGAUUCUCAACACAUCAUUGAUGCAAUUUCAUGGGCUCCCGAUCACCAUUUAUUAAUUUCAAUUUCAUCAGAUCUACUUCAUUUUUUCUCGCGUGAUUUUCAAUGUAGUGGAAUAAAGUCACUAAUUUCAAGUGAAAUUGGAAGAGAUCAGCUAGUUAGCUUAGGAUGGGGAUCAAGUGAAACUCAGUUUCAAGGCGCUGGCAGAAGGAAACAGCAAGAGAAUGAAUAUGAGACAGAAGUGUUGGAACACGAUAUUGGUAAUACAUUAAUUAGCUGGAGUGGUGAUGCUACAUAUUUUGCCGUUAGUUAUGUCAACAGUCUAAAAAUAAGGAAAGUUUCCAUAUGGAAUGAUGAGAUGGAUUUGAUUAGUUGUCUCGAACCUUUGUCUGGUAUUGAACAAAGUCUCGCAUAUAGGUACUUCUUUUUUUCUUCUGCUAUAUCUGUGAUUUUACUUCAUUUUUUUUCCGAAUUAUUUUUAGCACCACCUUUCAGACCAUCUGGAAAUUUAAUUGCCGUUAGCCGUGUUAAAGGCAUUGUGCGAGAAAUUUUCUUUUUUGAGAGGAAUGGUCAAGUACGGUCGAGUUUCAAACUGCCAGAUGUUAACAAUGAUUAUGUGUCAUGGCUGGGAUGGAAUUAUGAUUCAACUAUUUUUUGUAUUCAUUUAGCCACUUUGAACUGCACUUUAAGAGAAGGUUUUUUUUUCUCUAUUUUCGUUUUUAAAAUCAUUUUUGUGGCAUACUUUGAAGGUUUGCAAUUCUUCAUCCGCAGAAAGAUUCAUUUAAAAACUUACAAUCUGUGCGAAACAUGUGCUUUUUUAUUCCUAAAUAAUUUCACGAUAUUUGUGAUUACAGUUCAGUUUUGGUGCGUGAGCAACUACGACUGGAUGUUAAAAUAUCGGAUAACUUUUUCAAAUCAUCUGCUAUACAGUCGCUGGGCCAAUUCGAGUCCAAAUGUUUUUAAAUACGUUACUAAUGAGGGAUUUGUAUGGUCUAUUGAAUUCAGCUUCAUUUAUAAUAUUCACGAUGGAAUAGUUCUCGUAAUCAAUGGACAAAAUGUGCGAGUAACCGACUUAACCUCGGGUGUUGUUCCACCCCCUAUGUGUCAUUAUUCUAUGGAGUUUCCCGAUACUGUUUCUGCUAUUGCUCAAUGUGGUGCUGGUGCUGCUUUCUUUCUGACUAAUCACUUUUUUCACAUAUAUGAUCUCAUAGAGCGAAAAUAUUUCUUUAAACUUAGCAAACAUUUUGACGUCUCGUUUGCUGCACCUUUUCUUUGUACCAAUAUCAGUUUUACGGGUCAACAUAUUGCAGUACUUUUGAUUUCAUGUGAUAAUCACAGCAUUAUUGAGAGUACAGUUGAUAACUUAGAUGAUUGCUCUGUGUCUUACAGCUCAGCUGUGCCGAUUUCAUGGCUUCAUUCGGAGAAUUCAAAUGUUUUUAUUCAGUCAAGAAGUAGGGAAAUAUUUUUGUUACAAUACAGGCAGCUCAACUUACUUUCGCAGCCUACAGAAGGUGUAAAUGACGAAAUAUUAUACAAAAGAAAUAUUGAGACUAUUUAUUUACGAUCUUUGUUAAUAAAUUUACUGAAAAAACUGAUUGAUUCAUUAAAAUAUGUUGAAUGUAUACAUCUAAUGAAGCGUCAUCGUAUUGAUAUGAAUCUGUUGUACGAUCAUAAUCCUGAGCUUUUCGUACAGAAUAUUGAAUUUUUUAUUCGCUCUGUAAAUAAUAGCGAUUUAAUCAACUUGUUUCUUUUGGCUUUGAAUGAUGAUGAUGUAACAAAAGGAAUGUAUGCAGAUUGUUAUUCUAUCAGUGAAAAUAGGAAUGGGCUGGAAAAGAAGAAUAAAGUAAAUUUUAUCAGUGAAUCUUUUCGAAAGUGUUUGGAAAAAUUCGAUGAAAAAGAAUUAAUUCGCUUAUAUACCGUUGUUUUAUCAACCUAUCUCAAUGUCACACCACCGCAAGUAACCCGAGCUUUACAAGAUCUUCAGAAGAGAUCAGGCUUUGACGAAAAGAAUUUAAAGAAGAGCUGGAUUGAAUACGUUGGUUUACUUGUCCCCAGCGAAAAUUUAUUCAGAGAAGCGUUAGGCGUCUAUGACCUUUCGUUAGCUCUAGAUAUCGCGCACAUCACAAGUCAAGAUCCAAAAGAGUAUUUGGCAUUAUUAUCGUAUUUCCAAUCAGUGACGCCAGAGUAUUACCAGAAUUAUCGCAUUGAUUUAUACUUAAAUCGUUACGAUAAAGCACUUGAAAAUAUUGCCAAAGUCGAUGAAAAAUUUGAUGAAGCAGUACAAUUUAUUAUCAAUCAUAAACUUUAUUCCAAAGCUUUAGUGGUUUUCCAGGAUCAAACAUCAUUUCACAAGAUUUGUUAUAUUUAUGCUGAUUAUUUGAUGAAAAAAGGUUCGUUUAAAGAAGCUGCUAUUCUUUUUCGUCGAGAAGGAAGCCUAAAAAUCGCUUUAUCAUGUAUGGAGAAGUGUUAUGAUUAUAAUGGUUAUGUAGAAUUAUGUGUUGAACUUGGAAUUUCUGGCGAACAAUGCAGCAGUUCAUUAAUUAGGAUGGUACAGCAUUUUAAGAAUGUAGGGCGAUUCCACGAUGCCGCUAAUGUACUUUGCCUAAUGCAUGACGAGGCGAAAGAUUUACAAAUUCUAGAACUUUACUGUCAAGCCAAUAGCUGGAAUGAAGCUGCGAAGAUUGCUAGAAAAAUUCAUCAACCGGAUUCACUCAUUUUACUGAAGAAAAUGGUUUAUAAUCGGUAUUCACAAUUGAAUGAUUUCAUUACAAAAUCAACUGAUGAUAUGAAACGAUACAUAAAUAGGUUGAACAUUGUUCGACAAAAAAAGAAGGAAGCCAUUGAAAAUGCUAUCAUAUAUGAUUAUGAGAAUGAAGAACUACUGAGUGACAUAUCAACAGUUGUCUCCCAUAUUUCGAAAUCUUCAAUGAAUACUUUGGUACGUCGCAAGAAGAAAAUGGAAAGGAAAAAAACUACACUCAAAGAAGGUAGCUCGUACGAAGAUGCGGCGCUUUUGAAUGCUCUUAAAUCUCUCAUAAACAAUAUAGAUACAAUUCAAGAUGAACUCGCACCAUUACUUGUUUUGAUGUUUGACAUUGAUCUGUUAGCUGAAGCUCGAGAUCUUCAGCAAAAAUACACAGAACUCUUGCUUUUUGCGAACAAAUCGAUUGCUACAGUAUGGCCUUGCCAUAUAUCGCUCCAUUUGCUUACUGGACCUUGGCAGGAAUUGUACCGAACAGAAGAUGGAAUAAUAAGAGUACCAAACGAAAUCAGGAUGCCAAAUCGAAUCGCUUUAAGUUCGGAACUGAUUGCACCUCACAUCAGGGAAAAUGUGUCUUGGCGACUUCAGUUUCUACAAUCUUCUGUAACAUAG